AUGCCGUCCUCUGGUAGACGGCCCGGUGGCCUGGCUGCUGCUUUGGAGGAGGAACGUAUUGAACUAGCCAGUUCUUCUAUUCCUUCCUCUCAACGCAGCAGGAGUUGGCAGCACGCACUCCCCAGACGCAGUAUCCUAGAUACUGCACUCACUCCGACCCCUGACUUCAUUGCCCCACGACAUGGUUCGAUCGCUGGUAUUGGUGUUGGUGUAACUCCGCCCGCUGGAAGAAUCAGCUACCACGAUUCCGCAAUGCCUUCCACACCGCAGGCAGAUGCUUCUCCUGCACCUUCCUCGUCCAUGGCAACUCCUUCAACUACUCCCAAGAUUACUUAUACUAAUUUGAAAACCGCCCCUCCCCCGGCCCCUAAACCUCUCGAGCCAUCGACCUUGCAAGUUUCCAAUAAUCCCCCGGAAGCCAGACGGCCCAGUAUCCGCUGGGAUUCUCGACUCGACAUGCCACCCAGUGCCAACGGUCUGAGGCGUUCUAGCCAACCAAACGCGCAGGAAAAGGAAAAGGAAAAGGCCCCCAAGGCCCUCUUGGGUAAAAAUGCAAUGGCGGCCGUGAUGUCUGGCCUCGACCUCAAGGUCGGGUUGCCUAGCUUUUCCAGGGGCCGAGAUUCCAACGGGACCAGCUCAACUCGGGGAAAUUCUCUGGAUUCGCGCCUCCCUGCGUCAGCACGGCCUCGUUCUAGCUCUCCCCGACGCCGUUGGCUUAAUUCCAACCUGCGCAUUUCCCGACCGGACUCUCCUAAGCCCACACUAGACAAUGCGAAAGUGAACAAGGCCGAGCCAAUGGAUGAGAAAUCCCUCGAUUCUCGUGCAUCUCGUCGAGGACCCUUGGAAACCAAUGCCAGAACUUCCGCCUCUGGGGACGACCAUUUGGAGAAAGACCUGUACGACAACAAUGAAAAUAAACCGAUUGAAUCCAGCGAAGAAGAAGAGGAGGAGGAGGAGGAUUCCUCCUCGAGUGACGAAGAUCUCAGUCCUAAUAAUAGUAGUGAAGACGUAAAGCGCGGUCGGAGGACCGACCGGGACAUUCCCCGUGGGAGUGGGAUGCCGAACACAAAAGGGACGAUCGAGCACAAUAAAUCAGAGGGCUCCCAGAUGAUACAUUCCUCCAAGCAAGGUCCAGUCCCGCGCAACCCUGACAUUCAUUCUCAGAUGGGUUUCGACUCCCCUUCUGCGGCCAAUACACCGUUUGGCUCUGAGGAUGAAGCCGAGUUAAGUGACAUCAAACGGGCCCAGAAGCUCAGCAUUCAGAUGUCAACCAUCGACAAUUCUGUGCCUAACCGGUCCAUUCGGACCAUUAUUCGCGGGGACUACUCUAGCAUGCAGGGUGAUGCGGAGGGAGGCCGACGACGGCAACGCAAGUAUCUUGUAACUACGGACCUCAGCGAGGAGUCUGUCUACGCGCUAGAAUGGACAAUUGGCACUAUUUUGCGGGAUGGGGAUACCAUGUUCGCAGUCUUUGCCGUCCACGAGGAGACAGGCACGCAAAUCGGUGAGGGAGCCAAUGCAGCGCAAGAUGUUGCUGCCGUGGUGGGAUCUCAGACCGUAGAGACGGUUAAAAACUCACAAAAUGAAUCGUCUGGGACCAAUAUCUCCCGGGCAAUUUUGGGUCGUUUGGGGACAGGAACUGAUAGCAAACCUGGUUCAGUCGACGCGCGCGCCAUGUCCAAGGCAGAAGCUGAACGGGCUCAUGCUGUGCAAGUCAUCUCCCAGACUUGUGUUCGACUUCUGAGGAAGACGCUACUACAAGUUCGGAUUGCUAUUGAGGUGAUCCACUGCAAAAGCCCCAAACAUAUGAUUACCGAAGCCAUCGAUGGGCUUGAACCUACAUUGGUGAUUGUAGGUGCUCGAAGUCGAAGCGCACUGAAAGGUGUCCUUCUUGGGUCGUUUUCCAACUACCUUAUUACUCACUCCUCUGUUCCAGUGAUGGUCGCACGCAAGAAGUUGAAGAAGCAGACGAAGACUAAGAAGACCAACGUGCGGCUCUCAAACAAUCUGACAACUCCGAAGAAGCUGGUCCUGGCGAAAGUGGAUUAG